AGAACAGCGACGAGAUGGUCAGACCCAUUUCAGAGGUUCGGUUCGAGCGGCUGCGGGGGACUGGUGGGGCAGCUCCUCCUCGGUGCCACGUCCAGGCCAACGCGGAAUAAAUGACGUCACAGCCGCCUCACAACUUUAUCGAGGUGUUUUAUCCUGAAGGCCCUGAAGGCAGCACCGAACUCCCGCCUCCUCUUCUUCCGGCAUUUCCGGGUUGAACCAACAUGGCGGCUGAGCGGCUUCGGAGCGUUAGAAACUCCUCAGAACUGGACGGAGAGGCGGUUUCCCGCCGCUGAACUCAUCUUCACGAACCGGAACACCGAAGAAAGUUCAGAACCGAAGCGAAGGUCCAGAAACAGGAUUCUGAUGGAACCAGAGUCUCCUGGGGCUCGGCUCAGACAUGGAUAAGUUCGGGAUGAGUUUCGGAGGCGGGCCCUCCAGGAAGGAGCUGCUGGACACCAUCGAGUCGCAGAAGAAGCAGCUGGUCCAGUACCAGAGCCGCUUCAAGGAUGUGGUCCGGGCCUACAAGAGCCUCCUGAAGGAGAAGGAGGCGCUGGAGGCCAGCCUGAAGGUCCUGACCGUCAGCCAGGAGAUGGACCUCAACCAGCAGCCCUGCCCUGCCGGCCCGGACUUCCUGGAGGACGGCAGCUCCGUGCACAGCGAGGACAGCGUGGACAAGGCGGCGCCGGCCGACGGCGGGAGCGAGGAGGAGCCGGGGGAGUCCAGACCCGACUCCACGCCAGAUGCCGACGGCAGCAGCGGAGAGGCGGAGCAGCAGCAGGCCACGCCCCCUCUGGAGCCGGAGCGCCGCCUGUCGCAUCUCCGGGGCCAGCUGAGCACGCUGACGGCGGCGCUGGCCACCGUCACGCAGGAGAAGUCCCGCAUGGAGGCCAGCUUCCAGGCCGACAAGCGGCAGCUGAAGCAGGAGGUGGAGGAGCUGCAGGAGCGUCUGGCAGCGGCGGCCGCGCGGCAGGAGGCGGAGCUGCACGACCUGCAGCAGCAGCUGGCGGAGUGCCGCGCCCGCGUCAUCACGCAGCAGCACGAGCGCGAGCAGGAACAGGGAGACCACGCCCAGCAGCUGCGCGAGCUGCAGAAGCUGCUGCAGCAGGAGCGCGCGCUGCGGCAGGACGCCGAGCUGCGCCUGCAGGACGCCAGCUCCGUCCUCAUCGCGUCCUCGCAGGCCGUGGACCGAGGGGCGGAGUGCGAGCUCCACCUGAGUCAGGUGACGGAGCAGCGGGACGAGCUGCAGAGGAGGCUGCACAGCGUGGAGGAGGAGCAGAGGAAGCCCCACCCCCGCGUGGAGGAGCUGCAGCAGGAGGUGCAGGAGCUGAAGGCGCAUUUCCACCUGCAGAUCCUCGCCGAGACCCGGAAGGCGUCCGAGGCGGAGGAGCGUGCCGUGGAGCGGGCGGUGGCGUCGGAGCAGCGCGUGGCGGGCCUGGAGCUGCGUGUGGCGGAGCUGUCGGAGCUGCUGGGCUCCUGCGAGACGGCGAGGCAGCGGGACCAGCACGCCGCCCAGAGACUCCGGGACCGGAUCCUGCAGCUGGACACCGAGAACAAGACGCUGGCGCUCGCCGCCUCCGGCCGCUCCGGCUCCGACCUGCGGCUGGACGAGGUGCCGCUGGACGUGGAGACGCUCCGGGACAAGCUGCAGACCGUCAAGAAGCUGCUGGUGCUGGCAGCCCAGAAGAACCCGGACCAGAACCUCCAGGACCUGCCGGACCCCAGCGAGAGCCUGGCGGCGGCGGCCUGCCAGCAGGAGCUGCGGCAGCUGAAGGAGGAGUUUGAGCGCUACAAGCAGCGGGCGCAGGUGGUGCUGAAGAACAAGAACGCCAAAGAUGGCUGCCAGGCGCAGGAGCUGCAGGAGGCGCGGGCGCAACUCGCCGAGCUGCGCGAGAAGUACAUCAGUCUGCGCAUCCAGAACGACGAGGCGGACGCUCGCCACGGCCGGCAGCUGGAGGAGCGGCAGCAGGCGCUGGCGGCGCUGCAGCAGGCUCACCGCCAGGACCUGGAGCGCGCCGAGGCGCUGCACCGCGACCAGCUGCUGUGCCUGGAGGCGGAGCUUCACAAACACCGCAAGCGCGCCAUGGCACUGCUGGACGAGAAGGACCAGGAGCUGGAGCAGCUCCGGGCCGCCGCGCUCAGCCACGAGGGCGGGGCCGGCGAGGCGGAGGCCAGCUCUGACUGCGAGGGCGACGCUGUCAGCCAGGCCCUGCGGCAGGCCACGCCCACCGAGUCUACGCUGCUGCUGUACGCCCAGCAGCUGGCGCGCGUGGAGGUGGAGGCGGGGGCUCUGCGGCGGCAGAAGCACCAGCUGGAGGAGGACCUGCACCAGCUGCAGGCCAAGCUCAUCGCCAACGCCGAGCGCCACGACGAGGACGCAGCCCGGCUGCGCGCCCAGCUGGAUAAGCUGGCCCGCGACCAGAGCCGCGAGGGCGCCAACCUGGAGUACCUGAAGAACGUCACCUACAAGUUCCUGACCCUGCCGGACGGUAGCGGGCGCCAGCAGACGCUGGGCGCCAUUCUCACCAUCCUGCACUUCAGCCCGCAGGAGCGGAGCGACGUCCUGAAGCGGCAGGGCGGAGCCUGGUGGGGCCCCGCCCUCAAGAAGUGAGAUCGCCACUGUGAGCAGUGUUUGAAAUAAAAUAUUUUUCUGUG